UGCAACUAUUUGGAAUCUGAUAGUUUUGCUCACAGAUUUCAAAAGGCAAAUAUAGUACCAUAAUAAAGAUUAAUAAGAGACUAGUAUCUAUGAUUUCCCCUUGUCUCAUAACGUUGUGUAUAAUCUGGUACUCACCUUUUCUCACUGCCCAAACCUCUUCACUCGAUGAAGAGUUCAUUCUCACGAAUUCAACUAAAAAGUCCCUUCAUAAGGAAAUUCAACCUCAAAAGCGGGAGGAAAAGAAUUCCAUCGUGCUUGAGAGCCCGAAUGAUGGAGGGACAAGUGACCUAGUUAGGCUUUGGAGGGCUGGACACUUAUCUCAUCACCAUCGACAUUUAAGAACUACUCAAGGAACUGUAAACAUUAUUGGAUGGGGAAUUCUUUUGCCCAUCGGAGUGAUAAUCGCAAGGUACUUCAAGAAAGUACCAUUGAAGGGAAAUGACUGGUACUCUCUUCAUGUUGUGUCUCAAUUAUCAGGCUUUCUUCUGGGGACAGUUGGAUGGGGACUUGGUUUGGCCAUAAAAAAUGCAGCUAAGGAAACCAGAAUGAGUACACAUGGAAUUCUUGGUACCAUAAUAUUUGCGUUCGCCGCAUUGCAACCAAAUGAAGGACAUGAACGUCGCAAAUACUGGGUGAUAUAUCAUCGUAUCAUAGGGUAUGCCCUGAUUGUUGUCAUUACAGCAAAUAUAUUUGAAGGGAUGAACAAUCAGAAUCCUGCAGCACUCAAAAAAUUCAGAUGGUUUUAUGGAGUUACAGUGGGGGUUCUGUCUUUCACUGCCCUGGCUCUUGAAGUCAACAGAUGGAUUAAUUAGAUUCAUCUACAUCUGGUUACUUUAAGCAGCCCACAAAUUCUUGAGGAUUGUUCUCAAUGCAUCUGUUUGUUCAUUUCUCCUUCCCCUGUUUCUGGAGGUUUUUCAUUCUAAAAUGCUGUCAAUAAAACUCCACCAUGAUCAUCAUUUGACUGGUAAGAAGGGGUAUGCCCCUCUUGGAUUGUGUUCAUGCUGAAUCUGAUUAAUGUAAGUUUCAAAUUUUAGUUUAAAAAAUCAUUAUCCUAUUUUGACUUAACUAGAUUCUUAAAGUAGCCUUGUGUUUCUUAUAGAAAAAGUUUAUCUAUGUAGACUGCUGAUCGUAAGAAAAAAUUAAAUGGCAUUAAUAGACAAAGAUUACCCGUAACUCAUCUAUUCAAAAUGGUUACCCACCAUUAUUGGAGUGAAAUAUGUUAUUUCCACUUGAUGGAAAUUGCCAAGUGUUUUCGACGGAAAUCAGAAAUGGCACCUUGACGAUGCGAAGUCUUGCCAAAUGGAUAAAUUAGGCACGUUGACAACAUUUCAAUUCGAGAAAACCUAAUCGUGCCUUAAUUUUGACAAAAACGUUCACCAAAAGCCCCAGAUAUAGAAGAAAAUCUCAUUAUUGAAGAAGAAUUGUUGGACAGAGAGGAAGAGGGACCACAUGGAGGUAAAUUUUUAUCUGUUACGAUGGUUACGAUAGAAUCUGUACCUUUUUUUUAUCUGGGCAUAAAUUAAAUGGGGUUUUUUAUUAUUAUUUUCUAUACGAUUUAUGUCAUUUAGUAUUGGAAUAUUCGUAUGUUUAAUUUUCAAUUAGAAGUUAUCAAAAAUCCUAAGUUUUUCCAAUGCAGCCAUGAACUUGAGGAUGAAGAAUUGGUUCCUCCUGAAUGCUAAUUGAGUGAUUCAGAUGAUUACCGGAACGAUGAUGGUUUUCAGUACGACAAGAAUGCACCAGAACGUGUUGCUGUGGAAUUGAAUGCAGACCCUAAAGGAAGGACAUUGAUGAAUCUUCGCAAAAUGAGGUUACAACUUGGUGAAAAUUUAGUUUUAGGCCAAAUGAUUAUUAGAGAAGAGAACACGGGGAGAGUAGACUAUGAAUGGAGGAUUUGUGUCUCAUGGAAUAAGAAGAAGUGUGCCAAAUUUAUAGACGAAAGGUCAACUUCUUGAUUGGAAGUAUAAACUGAUUAGGAAGGUUGAAGUUGACAACAAACAAAGUUACAGAAUGGAGGGCUAGAAGAUAUGCUAGGAUAUUGAUAUAGGAUUCUAAUGGACGGCUCGUUUUGAAGUUCGAUUCCUGCAUUAUAGGCUGGAUUCUUCAAUGAAUGGUUUAGUAUUUUGAUUAUUUGGUUAGUAUAGUCUUCUUGUGUAGGACUGUUACAAUUCAAAUGGUUGCUUAUUUUGAAUAGGUAUUUUGCAUUUUUUCCUCAGAAUUUUCGUGUGAAUACUGUGGAUUUUAUUGUGUUCACAAAAGUAACAGGUACUUAUUGUGCAUACUAUCUGUUGGAUGUGGAAUGAUGUGAAUGGCACAAUUUGCCUUAAACUGGUUCUUGUAAUCUCAUGCAGACGAUGUGAACUCUGGUCUGAUGGUUUUGAUUUGCUGUG